CCCCCACGGCUCUAUCAUCUCCCCCUCCCCCCUCCAGGGCGCGCCUCCACAACCCGCCUCCUCCCAGCUGCCCCGCCCACCGGGUCAUGUGACAAUCCAAGAUGGCGGCGCUCAGGGUGCUGCCGGCGGCGCUGCUGCUCACCUGCCUGCUGCUCGGCGGGCGCUGCUCGGGGCGGCGCGCGGGCCCGGUGCCCCUGGUCAUGUGGCACGGGAUGGGAGACAGCUGCUGUAACCCUGGAAGCAUGGGAUACAUUAAAAAAAUAGUGGAAAACAAAAUACCAGGAAUUUACGUUCUGUCGCUACAGAUUGGAAACAACUUGGUAGAGGAUAUGGAGAACAGCUACUUCAUGAAUGUGAACAAACAGGUGAUGCUGGUUUGUGACAAACUCGCUAAGGACCCUCACUUGCAAGGAGGCUACAAUUCUAUGGGAUUCUCCCAGGGAGGCCAGUUCCUGAGGGCGGUGGCACAGAGAUGUCCUUCUCCUCCAAUGUUCAAUUUGAUUUCCAUUGGGGGGCAGCACCAAGGUGUGUUUGGCUUUCCACGCUGUCCUGGGGAGAAGUCCCGCAUCUGUGACUGGGUCCGAAAGCUGCUGGACCUUGGCGUCUACACGAAGAUGGUCCAGGAGCGCCUAGUGCAGGCAGAAUACUGGCAUGACCCCAUGAAGGAGGAAGAGUACCAGAAAAACAGCAUCUUCCUGGCUGACAUCAAUCAGGAGAAGGGCAACAACGAGACCUACAAGAAAAACUUGAUGGCUUUGAAAAAGUUUGUGAUGGUGAAAUUUCUCAAUGACACGAUGGUAGACCCUCCAGCCUCAGAGUGGUUUGGAUAUUAUAGAAGUGGGCAAGCCAAGGAGACCAUCCCCCUGCAGGAGACCUCGCUGUACAAAGAGGAUCAGCUGGGGCUGCAGCAGAUGGACAAGGCAGGAAAGCUGGUAUUCCUGUCUGUGGCAGGAGAUCACCUUCGCUUUUCUGAAGAGUGGUUCUAUACAAACAUCAUCCCCUUGCUAAACUGAAGCCGAUGUGUGUCAGCAGCCUGACAAGAGAAGGUGACUUCGUCAGACCAAGCUCCUGAUACAAGGCUGAGGAAGUUACCCUGUCAAGUUCUAACUUGGAUCCACUUGCUGUAGCUAACAAACUAAGCUGCCACUUACUGUGUAACAGCACAUCCUCCAUACAAACCUGCUGCAGCAUCGUAUCAGAGCUAACCAAGUAUUUAAGGGCAUAUUAGUCUGCUGGUUGUUGCCAGAGAGUACAUGAGAAGUGGCACGGAUUAAAUUUUAGUAGAUUUAAAUUUAAUAUACUAUUAUGGUGUAGCAUAUGGUCCCAACCCAGACUAGGUUUCGGUGUUAGCAAGUUUUGUAUGGUUUUCAAACAAACUAAUGUAAUUGCACCAGUCGCUUGCUGGAGCAUAGUUCAGUAGUUUUCAAACUUUUUUUUUCUGAUGACCCAGUUGAAGAAAAUUGUUGAUGCCCGUGAUGCAACGGAGCUGGGGAUGAGGGGUUUGGGGAGUGGGAAGGGGCUCAAGGCUGGGGCAGAGGGUUGGAGUGCGGGGGUGAGGGCUGUGGGGUGGGGCCAGGAAUGAGGGGCUCUGGGCUGGGGCAGGGCUCUGGCAUGGGGAUGAGGGGUUUUGGGGGGCUUGGGCAGGAGAUUGGGGUGUGGGCUUACCUCUGGUGGCUCCCUGUCAGUGGCACAGCUGGGGUGCAGAGGCAGGCUUCCUGCCUGUCCUGGCACCAUGGACCGUGCUGCACCCCAAAAGUGGCCAGCAGCAGGUCUGGCUCCUAGACAGAGGCAUGCAAGCAGCUCCACACAGCUCUUGCCUGCAGGCACCAGCUCCCAUUGGCCAGGAACCAGCCACUGGGAGUGCAGAACUGGUGCUCAGGGUGGGGCAGCACACAGAGGCCUGUGCUGCGCCCCCCCCCCCCCCCCCAGCCUAGGAACUGGACCUGCCACUGGCCACUUCCAGGGCACAGCACCGUGGCAGACUCAGAACAGGUAGGGACUAUGAGUUUUUACUGGCUGGCUGCCAGGGUCCCUGGGUGCUGAGCAAGGUGACCCAGUACUGGGUCAUGACCUAAAGUUUGAAAACCACUGGCAUAGUUUAACAGCUGAGCCAUUUGAGACUGGGUAGUCUCAGUUUUAACAGAGCUAUGUUCUAACCACAUUUCCUGACCCUCUGUCAGGAUACUUAGGUUAAUACUAAUAAGCAUAACUAGUUUAGAUAAGGUCCACAGAGUGAGGAGGACCACCACUUAGAUUUAAGGAUGUUUGUAGGGAUAGGGGAGAAGACAGGGUUACAGCUGGGGGAAGGGGUGCUGGCUCAUGGGAGGGAGUGGGUUAUGGAUUAAGUUUUCAAGGGUUAUUAAAAGCUUUUUGAUAGUUGUCAGCUGACUAGCUAUUGUUUUGCACUGAUUCAAUGUUGAUUCUCUUUAAUAAAGAAUGUUUUCAGCUGUCUAA